UUUUCGAUUGUUCAGUUAGCGCGCGAUCAUCACAGUUAAAUUUCCAAAGACCCGUUCACCCAAGUAUACACUCCAUUGUUGGAAAAUGAUAUUUUCGGUGUUUUUUUUCCUUGUCGCGACAGCGGCUGCGGUCCACUCGGCAGCUAUUUACGAGGUGGACGUUACUGACGAGUGGGAGUUGUACAAAUUGCAAUACAACAAAAACUACGAGAGCCCCACGGAGGAGAAGAAAAGGUUCAAAAUAUUCAUGGACAAUCGGCAAAAGAUCGUCAGGCACAACAAAAGAUACGAGCAGGGGCUCGUCACCUUCUCAAUGGCCAUGAACAAAUUCGGUGACAUGACCGUUUGCGAGUUUUCCAGUAAAGUCAAUGGGUUCGUCAUGUCGCGGAGAAGCGCCAACUUUGCCGACGAGUCCGAGGGCGCGGCUUACCUGGAGCCGGCCAACGUCGGCAGUCUACCCGACCACGUGGACUGGAGGGACAAGGGCGCGGUGACUCCCGUGAAGGACCAAGGCGAGUGUGGCUCGUGCUGGGCCUUCUCAGCGACGGGCUCCCUGGAGGGUCAGCAUUUCCGCCGGAACGGCACCCUCGUCUCCCUGAGCGAGCAGAACCUGAUCGAUUGCUCGAGCAAAUUCGGCAACAUGGGCUGCGACGGCGGCCUCAUGGACAACGCGUUCAAGUACAUCAAGUACAACCAUGGACUCGACAAGGAACAGAGUUACCCGUACGAGGCUAGGGACGACAAGUGCCGCUACAAUCCGGCCAACAGCGGUGCCGACGACGCCGGCUACGUUGACUUACCCUCUGGCAACGAGAACAAGCUACAAACGGCCGUUGCCACCGUUGGUCCCAUAUCAGUGGCCAUUGAUGCCGAUCACGAUUCGUUUAUGUUUUACAGUAAAGGGAUCUACUACGAGCCACUGUGUUCGUCUGAGUUUUUGGACCAUGGUGUGCUAGUCGUGGGAUACGGCACGGACCAGAAGAGCAACAAGCAAUUCUGGCUCGUGAAAAAUAGCUGGGGCGAAGCGUGGGGCGACCAGGGAUACAUCAAAAUGUCUCGCAAUCGUCAUAACAAUUGCGGCAUUGCUACCUCGGCCAGCUAUCCGCUGGUAAAAUAAGUUUACGUAUACAAGUGUGUAUUUCAACUUAUGGACAUGCCAUAUCGUUAUUAUUUUUGCAAUAAUUUUUUUGUCAAUUUUUUCAUGU